AAUCUCAUCGAAUUUUUUCAUCCGACGCAAGGAGACACGGACAUUGAACUUCAGCGAGGAACUUCGUCGUCGUUCGAGUCCGUACACUUAAUGGUGGGAGAGGAUGAUAGUGAAGGACGAGACUGCAUUUCCUGAAUCAAAUAUAUUUCUAUAGAAAAUAAACCGAGUCUCAGAUCGACUGCUUUUGGGGAUUUUAGUUACGUAUUUUCUUACCCUUUUUUUUAGCAAUUUGGUCCGGGAUUUUGCGAGAGAGAGAGAGAGAGAGAGAUGCUCGACGGAGGCGAAGGAACGGCUGCGGCGACCCCGCAGCCGCUGGAGUGGAAAUUCUCGCAGGUUUUCGGGGAACGGACGGCCGGGGAAGAAGUUCAGGAAGUGGAUAUCAUUUCUGCUAUUGAGUUCGAUAGAACCGGGGACCACUUGGCUACCGGAGAUCGUGGGGGUCGGGUGGUUUUAUUUGAGAGAACUGAUGCAAAGGAUCAUGGUGGACAUAGAAAAGAUCUAGAGAUGAUGGAUUAUUCAAUCAGUAGGCAUCCUGAGUUCCGCUAUAAAACUGAGUUUCAGAGCCAUGAACCUGAGUUUGACUAUCUUAAGAGCUUGGAAAUUGAGGAAAAAAUCAACAAGAUUAGAUGGUGCCAGACAGCUAAUGGUGCUCUAUUUCUUCUCUCCUCCAAUGAUAAAACAAUAAAAUUUUGGAAGGUCCAAGAGAAGAAGGUCAAGAAAAUAUGUGACUUCUAUGUAGAUCUAUCAAGAGCUAUGGGAAAUGGUCCAGUUGUUUGUUCAAGUAUGUCAACAAGCUCUAAACCAUGCAUGGAGAAUGGAGGGUGUAAUGAUAGUCCCUUUGGUUACACAAGCAUUGAAACUUCUCUCCCAUCUGGGGGCAUCCCGUCCUUAUGUCUGCCCGUGGUGAACAGCCAUGAGACAAGCCUUGUGGCUAAAUGCCGAAGAAUCUAUGCUCAUGCACAUGACUAUCAUAUCAAUUCUAUUUCAAAUAACAGUGAUGGUGAAACUUUUAUCUCAGCGGAUGAUCUGCGAAUAAACCUUUGGAACUUAGAAAUUAGCAAUCAAAGUUUCAAUAUCGUUGACGUGAAGCCUGCAAACAUGGAGGAUCUGACUGAGGUAAUAACAUCAGCAGAGUUUCACCCUACUCACUGUAAUAUGUUAGCAUACAGUAGCUCAAGGGGCUCAAUCCGUCUUAUUGAUAUGCGGCAGUCAGCUUUGUGUGAUACUCAUAGCAAACUGUUUGAGGAACAAGAGGUUCCUGCUUCUCGGUCUUUCUUCACUGAGAUAAUUGCAUCAAUUUCAGAUAUUAAAUUUGCUAAAGAUGGAAGAUAUAUACUUAGUCGAGACUACAUGACUCUUAAGCUGUGGGACAUAAAUAUGGAUAGUGGCCCAGUUGCAACUUUUCAGGUUCAUGAAAAUUUAAGACCCAAGCUGUGUGAUUUAUAUGAAAAUGAUUCUAUCUUCGACAAGUUUGAGUGCUGUCUAAGUGGGGACGGACUUCACGUGGCAACAGGUUCCUACAGCAAUAUGUUUCGUGUGUUUGGUUGUUCUGAAGGCAGCACAGAAGCAACAACAUUGGAAGCUAGCAAAAAUCCUAUUAGGAGACAAGUCCAAACCCCAACCAGGCCUUCUAAAUCUCUGGGUCCCCUUCCCCGAGUUCUUAGGCGAGGAGCUGAUACCUCUGGAGUUGAUGUGAAUGGAAGUGCUUUUGAUUUCGCCACAAAGUUGCUACACCUGUCAUGGCAUCCAACCGAGAACUUACUUGCCUGUGCUGCUUCAAAUAGCCUUUACAUGUAUUAUGCAUAAAGAUGGUACUGGAAGACUUGGAUUUUUGACUGACAAAGCUCUUCUGGUUGCUUUGACAAACGUUGCUAUGCCUUCCUCCCCAAACAGUGAUGUUGAAGCAGCACCAUUUUUUCGAAAUAUCUAACACCGAUAACUCUCUGCCUUUCUCCAACCCUAGGAUUCCAAUCUGCAAUGUAGAAAUUUUCAAGGAAGUAACUAACCUUUUGCUCCUUGCUGACUUGGCAUUGCUGUUUUGCUAAUAGGUAAAAGAAAAUGUGAUAUUUGCUUCUCUGCAACUGAAGGAAGAAAGAAGGGGGGGGUGUUCGCGCAAUGGUGCUGCUAGUUUUCAGACCAAUGCGGUUCUAACCCGAAAAGCUAGGAGAUGGAACUAUUAUGGUGUAUCGAUUCUUAUCGCUACCGGGGGGGGCUUCAACCUUGUAUUAUCGAAAUUAAAAUGACAGGGCUUCUAAAAAUGAUGUUAUCCUGAUUAUUUCUGCCUGAUAUUCUAACGAUUCUUUCUCAUCUUUCAGAAAUUGUUGCUUUGUUGUGAUCCUUGCCAUGUAAUAGUAGGGUUGGCUACAGGUCUGGUUUUCCUUUGGUGA